AUGGUACCUGAAGAUGAUCUCACUGGAAACUUGAAACGAAAAGUUGCUAAGCUCUUUGAAGCAUAUAUGAAAUCAAUGGUUCCGGAUGAACCUGUUGUUAAGCCUACCCAUUCUCCAAAAUUUGGAGAUUACCAAUUUAACAAUGCUAUAAAACUCUGCUCCAAAGGAAAGGAUCCUGAAGAUGUUGUUCAGGACCUUAUGAAAAUCCUCUCAAACUCUGAGAUGGUGGAAUCAUGUUCCGUAGAGAAAGGAUUUGUCAACGUUAGCAUUGAAAAUAUGCUUCUCCAUGGUAUUGGUACAUGGGCUCCUACACUUGCGGUUAAAAGAGCUGUGGUUGAUUUCUUUUCCCCUAACAUCGCGAAAGAAAUGCACGUUGGCCAUCUACGAUCAACUAUCAUCGGUGACACCAUAGCUCGCAUGCUCGAGUACUCAAAAGUUGAAGUCCUACGCAGAAACCACGUUGGUGACUGGGGAACACAGUUUGGGAUGCUAAUUGAGUACCUGUUUGAGAAGUUUUCUGACCCGGAGCAUGCAACAGAGCUAACAGUUGGAGAACUUCAGGCUUUUUACAAAGAAGCGCAAGCUAGGUUUAAAUCGGAACCUAACUUCAAGGAGAAGGCACAGAAAGGUGUGGUCCGUCUACAGAGUGGGGAUCCUAAGUAUCGAAUGGUUUGGGCUAAGAUUUGUGAAAUCAGCCGGAUUGAGUUUACUAAGAUUUACCAACGUCUUGGAGUUGAGCUUGAAGAGAAGGGAGAAAGCUUUUACAAUCCUUAUAUCCCUCAAGUUAUUGAAGAGUUGAGAAGUAAGAAUUUGGUUGAAGAAAGUGAAGGCGCUCAAGUGAUUUUUCUGAAAGUUGAAGGCAUAGUUAAGCCUAAGCCACUCAUCGUUGUCAAGAGUGAUGGUGGUUAUAACUAUGAGACGACAGAUCUUACUGCUCUUUGGUAUCGACUUAAUGAAGAGAAAGCUGAGUGGAUCAUCUAUGUCGCCGGUUCAACCCAAAACGAACACUUUGAUUUGCUGUUCAGAGCCGCAAGAAAAGCAGGUUGGCUUCAAGAUAAUGAGAUUACGAGCCAUGUUGGUUUUGGUUCAGUCCAAGGACCAGAUGGCAAACCAUUUAGAACUCGGGAUUCAGAAGUUGUACGUUUAGUUGAUCUGCUAGAUGAGGCCAAGGCUCGUAGUAAAGCUGCCCUUAUUGAUCGCGGUAAGAACAGAAGUAUAAAAUGGACUCCUGAGGAGCUGGACAAAACAGCUGAGGCAGUUGGAUAUGGAGCUGUGAAGUAUGCUGAUUUAAAGAGCAACAGAUCGACAAAUUAUAAAUUCAACGCUGAUCAGAUGCUUAUGGACAAGGGAGAUACAGCUGUUUACCUUCUCUACGCUCAUGCUCGGAUCUUUUCAAUCAUCGAAAAGUCUGGCAAAGACAUGGAUGAGCUUAAGAAGACAGGAAAGCUAGUGUUGGAUGCGGAUGAACGAGCACUAGGGCUUCAUUUGCUAAAAUUUUCAGAGAAUGUUGAGGAGGCAUGUACCAACUUGUUACCGAGCGUGUUGUGCAAGUACCUCUACAACUUAUCCGAAUGCUACAACAAAUUCCAAUUUAAUUGUCAGGUUAUCGGUUCGGAGCAAGAGACAAGCCGUCUCUUACUAUGUCAAGCAACAGCCAUAGUUAUGCGCAAAUGCUUCCACCUUCUCGGAAUCACUCCUGUUUACAAGCUUUGA